AUGUUGUGUCUGAGGUUAUGGUUGUUGAAGUUCACGGCGAUCGUAGGGAGCCGGCGUAUCUACUCCGGAGACGGUCUAGUCGUAGUUCGUGGUACAGGCAAGAUUAGCGAACAGCGUGUAGGACCUGGAAAACCCCAGGGAAAACGGGAUCCAUCUGGGAAUUUCUUAGACUCAGUGGCCGUGUUCCCUUUACUAAGGUACUCUACAAUCCUUAAGUGCACCGAUUUAUUAUACCAGAUCAUUUUGGGAAAACCGAAAUUUCAGUCUGUAGAUGAAUCCUUAACGAAUGUUCGUGCCAAAAAUGAUCUUCCAAAGUCUUUCAUCAAGGUCACAAAUGCUAAAGCAAGGACGUUACUACAAAAUCUCGGGAAGGUAGAUCGAACAGCGGACGAUAUCUUCGAUGAGCAUCUACAAAAUUUCACGAGGCAGCAAAAUGCGGCGAACAAAUUGCAGAAAGAAUUCAAUAACUACAUCAGGUGUAUACGAGCCAUGCAAACGGCGAGCAAGACGCUUAUGGACUCGCUGAACGAGAUAUACGAGAGUCAGUGGGUGGGCCAUGACUUGCUUUACGUUCAAACGCAGAAUAUCGAGAUGCUAUGGAACGACUUCAGCCAUAAAUUAGCUGACCAAGUUCUCAUACCUCUGAAUACUUAUCAAUCCCAGUUUAACGAAACAAAAAAAAAAAUUGACAAACGUGGAAGGAAGUUAGUUGAUUAUGAUAAGCAACGGCACAACAGUCAGUCACUACAAGGUGGAAAUGCGAAGAAGAACGAAGUGAAAAUGAUCAAGGCACGAGAACAGCUAGAAGAAGCAAAAAGAACGUAUGACCUAUUAAAUAGCGAGCUUCAUGAUGAACUGCCUGCUUUGUAUGACUCUAGAGUACUUUUCCUAGUCACAAAUCUUCAAACUCUCUUUAGCACGGAACAAGUAUUUCAUAUGGAAACAGCAAAGGUCUUUGCUGAGCUAGAAGCCAUUGUUGAUAAACUAGCCACCGAAAGUCAAAGAGGAUCAUAUACGCUUAAGAAAAUGCAGUCGCCCAAUAAAAUUUUCAACUCCAACAAUGCAACGGCCAAUUCCCCGCAUUCACCUCCGUCACCAACAAGUAUUCUUAAUGAAGAGGACAAACCUCGACUUAACAGUACUCCUCCGUCAGAAGUGGAUGAUAAGCAGAAGAAUGGCGAAACUGACCCACCGCCGUACAAUAACGAUUUAUCCCCUCCCACUAGCCCUGUAAAACCUCAUUUAAAUGGAAAUGCCAGUCCACCCGCAUCAGAACCUGUAAAAACCGCAACCUUGAAUACAUCAAAUGGUGUGGAUAGCCCCAAAGCCACCUCACCACCUGUUGUUAACAACAAAUCAAAUGAAGAUAAUAAUAAUAAGCAGGUCGAACAGAUUUAUGAUAUUCCUUCAGGUGCCACAACUGAUAAUUUACCGCCCGGUGUGCUCUACAGAGUAAAAGCUACUUAUAAAUAUGUCAGAGAGGAUGUUGACGAGCUCUCGUUUGAAGUUGGCGAAGUAAUUAGGGUAGUGGAAUAUGAGGAUCCUGAGGAGCAGGAGGAAGGUUGGUUGAUGGGAAUCAAAGAAUCAUCCGGUGAAAAAGGAAUGUUCCCAGCCAAUUUCACUCGCCCAUUGUGAGAAUGGAAUCACCCUGUGUGCAAGUACCUUUUUUCAAUAUCAUGCGUUAUUAGGCUGAGCACGAUGUUAAGUGCUACCGUACGUCUGGACCAUACUUUGAGUAAACACAUCAAAAACUGUAAGUUAUUUCUGGCAUUUAAUCUACCAUAAGGUGUGGGUAGGACCGGUACCCAAAUUUCAAUAGCAUCCUCAGUCAUCACAUAGUGAGUGUUUGUUUUUGUCCCAACUUCCCUGAUUUUCAGUUACCCCGCAAUCGCAGUCAAGAUAUGUUCGGCCAGUCAUAAUGUAUGAUUAGUCAAGUAUUUGACUCUGUAGUCGGUUCGGUCAGAAGUUGUCAAGCUAGGGCUGUAAAUCUGAAUGUGUCGGAAACUGCGAAAAAACAGCGCAUUUAUGCCCUUGUUAACAAAUCUAGUUAGACCUAGUUUUGGUUUUGUGUUUACUUUUGCUUUUAGGUUUGUGUUUUCUCCUUUAUUUCUUCUAAGUACUGUGUAAUUAAGUAUUGACUUGACAGAUUGCUGAGUCGCUUUCCUUGUACCAAGUACCUUCUGUUUUUUCACUUAUUUUCCUUCAUUUCUUUUUUUUGUAACCACAUGGAUGAAAUGAACUCCUAGUGAGUUUCACUUCCUCAUAGCAAUGUACAUAUGACUUUUUCGAUCAGGAUGUUUCACAAUCUGUGUAAAGAUAAACCAAUUGUAGUUUAGCCAAUCUGCAGCCUGCCAACUCUUUGGAUAGAAACGUAGGGUCAAUUCACAGCACAAACUAUUUUCCAGUUAAAUGUGUGAGGUGCUUUUUGGGACUUUAUUUUUCUCCCAAUUUUUAAUCAGCACCAAGAACAUUACGAAGAAUCCGAAUCCUCUAAUUAUGAAUUUGGGUACGAAAUAACUCAUAGUACCUUCGAGAUCAUGGCUUCCGCAGUUUAUGGACCAAAAUGAAUCGCAGCUUUAUGUUACUGCUGUUUUUUCUGUCCUUAAAUUCAGCAUUAUUCUAUGGAACAAAUAAAAACCAUAGAAAAACUGCCGGAAACAUCCUCUUUUCAUUCCAAAUGAUUAAAAGCUAAUAUGACGCCCCAUUUCGGGUGCAUUACGGCCAUAAUGAAAACGCUUCAUCCAGGAAUUUUCAGUCUAAAAAAAUGUGUGCUUGAGGAAUUGUUUCAAAAAUUUCUUGUAAGUAAGAACUUGCAGUUAGUUUGAAGUAACAGCUAGCAAAUGUUGAAAUCGUUUUGUUCGAGUUUCAGUGUAGCUUUGGGAGUAGGUAAUAUUUUUUAUCAUUUGAAGAUAUUGUGUGUGCAAUUAUUUGUCUUAGUUCUAUUACGCUCGUAAAGGACUUUUUAAAAUUCCCAAUCAUUGUUUUAAUAUGACUUCCCAGUGAAGUCCUCUCAUGAAUUGAUAAUAUAAGUUUUGUAAGCUCUUUUAGAGAGAAUUGAGGUAAUUUUUUCAUCAGUAUCGUGGCUUUGUUAAGUCUUGUCAAAAGUGAAUGAAAUGACCGAUACCUGAUUUUUCACAGAAGCUUGAAAAUACUUACUGGUUCCCUUCAGUGACUGGAAACUUCAUUUAAAAUUACUUGGAAAAUUGAAAGUUAAAGAUUUUGGUCAUUAUUACUAUAAUUGCAGUACAGAUCUUUCCUUCUUAUACGGAAUUUUAUUGAAUAUUGCUAAGUUUCUUCCGUAAAUUGUAAAUACGUCCAAAAAAGAGCCCUUUCUUCUAGAUACUUGUGUAUCAGGUAAAAAAGUUUAAGUAUUGGACUUUUAUUUUUGUGCCAAAAAGAAUGUUUUAAGUAGGAAAAAUGUUUAAUAGUGAAAGAGUUCACUGCAGUUAAUGAAUUCAAAGCUUAUUGAGCCAAAAUUUUUUUUUUUCUUUUUUAAGCUCUACCCAGUUACUUUUCUCCUUACUAUCGUUGGAUGUACCAUCUAGAAAGUAGAGCAUGCCUGCAGCUGUGAUCCGUAAGGUAAUUUGAAGUUGAUUUUUGAUGUUUCAAAAUUCAGAAUAUCAUGAGAGGCUUAAUAAUAAUUUUUCCCUGGGGAGAAAACCUCAGUACAUAUAAAAUUGAGAUGUAUUAAAAUUAUACAGAUUUCUUAGAAUCAUGAUUUAUUUCUUCAAUAUCUUAUUUGAAAUAUUUCUGUGUAAUUUCUUUUUCUUCCAUUUAGCAUGUAACUUUCACUCUGUUAAUUUUUCAACUCUAAUGACUGGAAAUUAAAGCCUCUAAUCAAUAAUGCGACACCUAUACACAUUACAUGAAAAAAGUGUUUGCCUCUCAUGGAUUAAUAAGCAGCUAUUACUCUAAGUAGCCUUGACUACGGAAUAAAAAUACUGGAUCACAGCUGCUAAAUAUUAUUAGUUAAAUCUGUUCCAAGUUUAAAUAUCUAGAGUGUGCCUGUGAAAUCUGGUUCCAGGGCUGAUUUUUAUUUUUGGGACUGAUUUGACUCUCAUCGAGGUCCAUGGCUUUAUUGAAUUUAUGUCUAGUCAAAAUUUCGAUGGUGAAACUGCAAAGAUCCACGUCUAGGUUUGCAGCAUUGCAGACUUUCAGUCAGUUUUUAUUUCCUAAAUAGAAAACUACUCAUCCUCAUUUCUUAAAAAUUUCACUGAUUCUUCACUAUAUGAAGAAAAUUCUGUGAUAAUUUCAAACCAUGAUGUCAGUUUGGUUUCCUCCUUUAUUUAAAAAAAAAAAACUAAAAAUAAGAGUGGAAAUUAUGAAACCCCACAACCGAGAUAUGUAUUUCUGCCGUUUCAUCAUCGGUUUGCAGAAAACGUCAUUUUUAAUUAUCCUUGUCUCCAAAUCAAGUUAAACUAAGGUUUUGUAUGUUUUUAAAGUGCACCACUGCACCAAUGUUGGUUUAAACCCUUAUGAACAUUAUUUCAACUGUAGUGAAAAGUCAAUCUUUAAGCAAAAAUAGCAGGUCAUGCAGUUUUGUUGGUAUUUUUAGUUUUGUGGUGGCAUCAGUUCAUUUUAUAUCAACUUGGGUAUACUUUAUCAUACUGAAUAGCUGUGCUGUGUAACUGAAUGAUGUAUGGACAUUUUGGAUUCAUAAAUGGAAAUCCUUUCAAUCUCGUGGAAAUUUUCUGUUGCUUAUAACUGAACAGAAUUUACCACAAGACAGGCUACGAAAUUAAGCACUACAAUAUAAGUUUUCUUAUCAAAGUUGUACUAAGAGUAUGAUAUACGCAUGAGAAAACCUGUAUUGUAGCUUUUAAUUUAUCCAAUCUAGAGGUCCAUUAACCUCUACAGGCAUCAAUUCCCAGGAAGAUGAGCACGGAUUGCCUGUAAACACCACUCAACAUGAAUGAUCAGUAAUAUAUUUUUAUUUCAAGGUUGGCACAGUGUCAGAAGGGGAAGUCAUCAAAAUUGAGAGUUCAGAAUGAGCCAUAACCUCUCUGAGGGUUUCAGUGCAACAUACUUGACAAGUCAGGAUGAAACAUUUCAAAAUUCAUUAAACAUUUGAGCGAUAACCUAUUCAUGCAAGCAUUCUCUUCAAUUACUUCUACUCUAUCCUAUUCUUCGUAAUUGAAGCCUAAGUGCCCACCUUUUUCAUGUAAGAAGAAAAACGAGCAUACAUCUUUGUAGUAUUUUCAAAUUUAUUAAGAUAAUGUUUUAAUUUGCUCAAAUUAUUGUAUUGUAUUAGUUAAUUGUAAAAAAAACUCGCCUUGUCGUAUCAUCAUGUAAAUAAGUGAGUGAGUUUUCUUGAAUUUUUCCACAUUUUGUCAAUGUGUGCUUGCUAACCCUGUUCUGACACCAGCAGCAGAAAAAGAAGAGAUUUAUUCCCUAACCCUAGGAGUAUGGAAGAACAAAGUAUUAACUGUUUAGAUUUAGAACAAUUAAUUUAGCAUUUAACCCAUUGUAAUCUAGGUUUUGGAGGUUUUGAAAUUCCUCAAUGCUGUGUGUUUACACAGUGUGUUUUUUAUGGGUGUUAGAUUUAUCCAAAGCUUUAUCAAAUUUUACACGAAGAAAGGGUAAAAACUAUUUUUUCACUCUGAAGUUUCAAUUUUCUUUGGAAAACGUUUGCAAGAAUCCAAGAAAGCGAGGAAAAAUAUGUGAGAAACAGAGUAAAACAAUUUUGCUUGCCAAGUAAAAUCUAUAUCUGCAGGUACCCUUUUUGUCACUUUUUUUUAUACAUAAAUGGUUUGCAUGUUUAGUUUAACGUUUGUAAGAUGUUUCAAAAGAUAUGAUGCAAACAGGAAAAACUUCAGCUGAAUCACAUAAAUCUGUUCAGUAUUACAAAGUAUUUCUUCUAGCACACUAGUGCGGGAAAGUAUCUCUCUAUUGCCGAAACCUGAAAAAAGGUUAUAAUGUAAGGUAUUUUUCUCUUUUUGAGAAUUUAUCUUCCCAAAA